AUGGAGCGGGAUUUGCCUGCGUAUCGUGAGAUGCUGCGACGUCUGGCUGCGGAUCCGGUCGGUCAGACUCUUCAGUUCGAGCUGCUGAUGCGAUUGUUUUUCCAGCACGUGCUCAACGUGCGGCCGGAGACAGUGGAUUGUCGGAGGUCGCGUCCGCGUGGAGCGGCGCGAGAAUGGUGUCAGGACGGGGCGGCCGCUGCAUCGACAGGUGCGGGCAUGCUUGGCCCGGUGCUGGCGUUCCGGGGUGAGAUCGAGGCGCAGGGCCGGGGCUCUCUGCAUCCACACAUCCUGGUUUGGCUGGUCUGUCGGCAUCUUCAGGCAGGGUCUGGGAUGGGAAUGGCGAGGAGGGUUGUCGCGCGGGGUCGUGGGCUCGCAUACGUGGGUGGGCGCGUUGGAUCGGAUGUCCGGCUCCCUGAGGUAUUGCAAGAUCUGGCUGAACGGCUUCGGAAUCACAGAGCUCAUCUGCAGGAGUGCCUCCGAACUUUCAUGCACAUGGCCGUGGCCAGUUUCGAGUCCAUCAGCCAUGCUUCGGUGCAGGCUGCUCCGAGGAUGCUGGGCGAGCCGUGCAUGGGUUCGCCGUUGCCCGUCAGCGAGGUGGCUUCCAGCUUGAGCAAGUACGAUGGAGGUUCCGACCUGGACCUGUUACGCGAGCUGUCAAAUCGAACCGAAGAGCAGCAGGCCUUCCUGGACGCUGCCUCGGGCGCAGACUGGCAAAGGGCUUGCGUGCAGCGGGAGGUGGCCGUCUCUCGGGAGUCUAUUUAUGGCACUGCCGUCAAUCGUUUCGCCGUGGCUCAGACGCCCAAGUACCGUUGCUGGGGACUUCUUUGUGACAGCGCCAAGCCGGAGGAGGAUGCUCGGCAGUGGCAGGCGCAUUUUCUCCAGGACCUGCAUAAUCUGGCUCCGGCUCUGCUCAAACAUCAAUGUAGCGAUUCUUGCUACAAGUAUUCGGACAAGAGUUCCGUGAGCUGGAAGAUUUGCAGGCACAGCUUCUAUCACGUCGUGUCGAUAUGCGAUGGGUGCAAAUGCCGGCGGAAGGGCAAGGCCCUGCGGCCUGCGCUUCACGUGGCCAGCAUGGUGGAAGCGGCCCAUGGUAUGCAGGGACGUUUGCGUCCGAUACAACUGGGGCCCUUCGAGGUGCAGACCAGCUACGGUGGCUUGGUCAGUGGUCGACAGAAUUUGGACGUGCAAGACUUGCGUCGGGUGCUGGAUCCCGAACUUUGGCUCGGGGUAGGUGAAGUGUUGCCGCAUGUGGGUGCAAUCGACAAUCUCGGAUACAUGGCCCGAUACGAGUGGAAUGGUGAGACGUAUGAAGAGCGAGUUGCGCUCGGCGGAGCCGUCGGCGGAUUUCUCCGAGACCCGUCGGCGGAUGACGUCUCGCUGUGGGUUGCUUCCGCCGGCCGGGCGGUCGCCGACUGCUCGCUGUGGGCGGGGGCGAUCGAGGACGGGGAGAAACCUGCUGCUGACGAUGGGCCGUGGCAACUGUCGGACGACACUGUUUUUAGGACCAGCACGAAGGCCGAAGACUUGGUGAAGGCUAUACGCUGUGGCGUGAGCGAAGCUUUUUCCGAUGGCGCGAACAGUGGGUUUUACAUUAACACCUACACGACGAAAGCGAAUCCCAGCCUGGCUGGCAUGUUGGAAGAGCUUCGUCGAGGCAUCGAACGCUUGGAGUCGGAACGGGCAGUGCGCGAGCAGGAGGCGGCGGAGGCUCGUCGUGUGGCCGCGGAGGAGGGCGUCGUUCUGAAAAAUGGCCGUGGCAAGUUGUUUCGCGAAACCAGGAAGACGUUGUCGCGGCUGAGUUCCUCUUAUCGCCGUUGUCACUGGAAGAGUGUGGCGGAGGUGGUUUUUCCACUUCUCUUCGAGCAUCUUACGUUCGCCAGUCAUCGGACAUGGAAGUUGUACACGAAAAAGGCCAUCUAUUUCUGCGUGGAGGCCUGGAAGCGACGCUACGGUCCCAGCGUGCUUCGCUGUGAGCCUCGGCCUGACUCGGAGCCGGUUGUCUAUCAGCGUGAAGGUUUGGACGAGGUUGUGCUGCGAGGCUGGCGGAAGGUUGUUCGGGAGGAUGAGCUCACCGGGGAAGAGACUCACCUGUACGUUGGACCGGCUGGACAGGUGUGUCGCAGCGUCGAGGCGGCAUUCGACGAGGAUCAGGCCGCCGCGAGCUGCUGCAAGGAUGCACAGCACAAACUCACCUUCAUGCAGGCGCUGCUUCAGCAGCACGCGGUGAAGGAGCGAGUGUCGGAGGACCCGGGUGCCGAGGCGUGUGAUUCGAAUCUGCAAGCAUUGCAGGCAACGGGGGAGGAUGCAGCCGUGUCGGCAUGUCGCUCGUACGGGAAGAAUGGUUUGGUGGUGGCUACCAGCAGUUUGGAGGAUUACUUGUUCCGCGGGGAUCAUCCUUUGGUGAGAGACAUGAGCUGGUCGACUUACGGCAUGUGGGUCUAUCGCGUGGAGUUGCCUCCGACGUUAGUCGGCAACUCGGUGCGGGCCGCAUUGCCGCGGCACGUGGACGUGUUCUUCGCGGAAAAAUACAAGCUCAGCGCGUCGCACUGCCAGCGCAUUUCUUCAGAACCGCGAGUGCCCAUGUUCGAAGGAUUCACGAUGCCGACUCUGACCAUGGACAGCGAGCGGAACGCCAUGUACAAGCAGUUGCAGUGUAGGCCGUUCCGAGUUCUGCACUAUGAGGGAGAUGACACAGAGGGGGCCGUGCUCAAAGCGUUCGACGUUUUCUCUGCACCGGUGGACGCGACUUCUGCGGAGCCUUCGAUUGCCGCGAGCAUGGCUUUCACCUCGGCGUUUCUGGCUUGGCAUCAGGAAGCUGCGGAAGAAGCCGUGAUUGCUCGCAGGCGAUUUGCCGCCAGGUUCGAAUUCCCGUCUCUUUGGGAGACGCGGGAAAUGCGAGAUGUUCUCGUGGAAAAGAUGGACGCCAUGAACGUGGAUGUGUCGCAGUCUCUUGCGAGCGACCCGGACAAGGACAAAGAACGUGUCAGCGUUGGACAGUAUUCGAGCAUGCUGGCAGUGGAGCGAGUGGCAAACUUGGAAGGCCUGGCAAGAGCGCGACAGCAGAGGCCGAGGCCGAAGCGUCGUCGGGAGCUGGACAUGCAGCUGCAGGAGGAUUUCGUGCGAGUGAGGAUGGAGGGGGAGAACGCUGGCGACGCGGGGGAGGUGGAUGCAGAGGACGAGUGUCCCGACGUGGUCGCUACUCCGAUUCCCAGGGAGCAAUUUCAGCUGGUGUUGCAACGACCCCAGGGCGAUGAUGAGGUGAGGAAGCUACUCUCGCUCGAUGGCCAGAGUCGGAAGACUCGACACACUAAGGAUUUCUUGGAGUUGUCGUGGAUGCAGCGGGAUCUCUCCGUUGUUCUUGACAAAGCGCCAGCAGCGUUGCACAGUGCUGCUCAGAAGCUGGGUCGCGAGUUGGCCGCGGCGUACCAAGAGAUGCGGGAGGAAUUGUUGAGUGGCAUCAGAGAUGGGUCGGAGGUGGCAGCGGGCCCCGAUACUGCUGCAAAUGCUUCUGCCAUCACGUACAUCCGCGAGCUUGUCGGCGACAAGCUGCCGGCGAAUUGCGUUGGCUUUGACGAGAGCGUCCGGAGGGUUUUUUCGAAGCCUUCCCUGUUGAUGAAGGCGAUGGUGGAUGGCUUGCCCGAGGAGCAACGAUUGAAUGAGGAUCAGGCGCUGUUCAUUUCCAGGUUUGCGGAUGUGUUGGACAAAGUUUUCGCGCAGGAGGAGAAUGCGGAGAUCUGGCCAAAAGAGCGCAAGACCUAUCAUAUGCUGUUGUUGGGCCAGGGCGGAUCAGGGAAGACCCACAUGGUGCAGAAGUUGAUUUUUCCCAUCGUGUUGUUCAUCUGGCCACCGAGGAAAAACCGCGAGACCAUUCAAGUGGUGGCUGCGAAAAAAUCGCAGGCCAAGAACAUCUCGACUUCGGAAGUGAAGGCCAAGACUUUGCAUACGGCGAGUGCCAUGCGGGUUCAGAAGUUGGUGAACAGCCAGAUGGGCGCUGGGCAGAAGAUAGACCGCCUGCGUGAUCUCUGGGAGGAAUGUCGCGUUCUGAUUCUGGAGGAGAUCAGCAUGGUUUCUGCUGCGAUGUACAACAUGCUGGAUUAUCGGUCUAUGCUUGGUCGCGCUGCGGUUUUCGGAGUGAGUUCGCACACGUACACUCGGAUCUCUUUGAUCGACGAUCUAAAGCGUAAAGACGAGUACGGGCAGUAUGUUCACCGGGACGUGGGCGUGGAGAUUCAGAACGCCCAGCUUGUUUUUCAAGCGGUGCCGGACGUCUUCGAGCUCAGGGGCACGAAACGCUUUCGACCUGGAGAUCCUCUCAUUGAGAUCUUGCAGUGCAUGCGGACGGGACGGCGAUUUUCCGAGGAGCUCUGUGUGAAGCUGCGGGAUCGCUUUGUCAAGGAUGCGGGUCUCGGGCAGUGCGAUCCUCGUUUGGAUGAGGAGGGCUUUCUGGAUGGUUAUUGCAUGUCCAUCUAUUGGAGCAGCUUGACGCGAAUGAUGAAUCGACGCGUGCAGGUCGAUGCGCAUCGCCACGGUGUGCCGUUGGUGGUGUUGCAGUGCGCGGACGAGUGUCAGGGCUUGAAGGGCCAGAAGAUGCGGAGCUUUCUGAGCCAACCGAAUCCCUACAAGACCGGUUACGCUCACGGCGUGCUGCCCUGUCACAUCGGGAUGAAGCUUCGGUUUCUGCAAAAGGUGGACGGCGACAAAGGUUUGGUUCAAGAUACGGUUGGCACUCUCGUCGACUUCGAGUUUCAUCCGCAGGAUCGCGAGAGGUACGCUGGCACGGACGCAGGCCAUUUCUUCGUGCCGAAGUAUCUGCCUUCCGGACUGUGGCUAUCGCUGGAAAACUUCGAUGGGUGUUCGAGUUGGCAUGGUGUCCGGGAUGUGUGCCAGAAGGGCAACAUUGCGAAGGGCGCGGAGGAAGCGGAGCGUCUCGCGCGGAGCAUGUACUUUUUGCCUGCCGCGCAGACGUCCGUGGCAUUUUCCAGUACGGAGAGCUUCGAGGUGCGCAGAUGCUGUUUUCAGGUGAGUCACGGCUCGUUUUUGACGAGCACGGCAUCCCAGGGCUUGACUCUGCGGCGUCCCACGAUUGUGGAUUGCGCUCGUCUUCCCGAGUUGGACGAGGAUCACUGCUGGCUGCACCUCUACAUCAUGUUGUCCAGGGUGACCUGCCUGGAGCACUUGCUUUUACUGCGUCCUCCGUCUCGCGAGCAGUUCGAACGCGGACCGCCGAAGGCGAUUCGGGAGGUGCUGCGUACUUUCGAGGAGAAAGCUGCAAGAUGUCGAGAAGGCGCUCUUCGGUUGGCAUCGUGUGGCACGGAGCAGUCGUCGGAGCGUCCGAAACAGAGGCGUAGGAUUGCUCGUUUUCCGACGCGGUGA